AUGGGCGAAUACAAACUGAGGUGUUCACCGAGAGCCGACUCGCAGCAGCCAACUGCUGGCAAAGCCGUUCUGGUUCGGUGCCCUUCGCAUAUACUGAGUCGCCUGAGAAGUCUCAACGAGGCAGAGGUCAUUACCCUGUUUACACCUGUAGUACCUCACUCGCCGUCGACGACACUGGUCAAGGACAUGGAUCCGUUUGAGCCGCUCGGACGGGCGCUCCCGAGGGCAGUCCGCCACGUGCCGUUCCGCAUGGAGCUCGGCAUGACCGACUUACAUCCUUAUUUCUUAUCUGCAAGCGGGGUUGUGCUUGUUGUCAUCUGCGCUACUGAGAACGUGCUCGGUCACAACCCGGAGGCCUUUGGGCGGCAACUCAAGUUCGCCCGAGGCAUUGCACGCAUGGUCGAAAAGGAUUCAUCGAUGGUAUCGGUACCUGUCGUUCUCUUGGCCAUUAUCAGCAAGGGUGCUCAGAUGGCAGUACACGAACAAGCAGUUUCCGACUUCCCGGCUCUCAUCACCCUUGACGACUAUGACCCCCUUACACUCGAGCGCGCAGUUCGGACAGUCUUUGGCUAG